CUUCAGUGGUUGCCUGAGAAGAGAAAGACAGCUAAGGAGCUAUUGUAACAUCCCAUCUUCGAUUCCUUGAAUAAGAAGCGUGCCCAGUGGCGAAUGGAUUCCUGAAAUGGCAUGGCAUUUUUGUAGAUGCGGGUGUGAUUGUGAGGAGCCCAUCAAGACCCCCUUCAUGAAGUUCCACGGAUCCCCUCAUGCGACGGACAAAACGAAAGAUCCGUGGCACGCAUCCGCGGCGUUCCGCCGAAAGGAGGACUUCAAGGGGUCGGGCGUAUCUCUGCACGUAUAUCCGGACGGGACCGUGAUGCCCUCCAAGGCUGAGUUCCCCCGGUACCAAGCGACGGCCGCUACAGUGGAAGAAGUGGGCAAGGACAACGCCAAGUGGCUUAGCCCUGAAUUUGUUGCCGCUUGGCAAGCGGCCGAUGAGGCAGAUGCCGCCUCAAGCGAUAAGAAGGGCAAUGGCAAGGCCAAGGCUAAGGCUAAGGCUGAAUCCUCCAAGGGCUCUUCGUCAAAGCAGCACAUAUUCUCCGGGAAACACUGCCCCUCCGCCGCCGCCAGCAGCAGCAGCAGCAGCAGCAAGGGAGAAGCCACGGACCACAACAAGUAUACCAUAGAUCCGAACACCGGAAUUCUGUACCGCUAUGCGGAAAACGGCGUGAUAGUGUAUUUGGAUCCCGAUACCCAGCUCGAGUACUACUAUGACGAAGAUGGACAGGCUGUGUGGGUUUGACUGCGGAGGGCCCAACAACUCUGAUGGAAUAUUGCUUUCCCUGGGCUUGAGCUCGAGGUUUCAUUUUAUCGACAGCGUCGCUGAACUUUUGCUCAGCGAGGGGCUCGACAAGUAGUAGUAUUACAGCUGCAAAUAACUGAAGCUAGCUGGCCAAGGAAGACGUCUCCCACACAC